AUGAAACAAAAUGGCGCUGAAGGACAUACCGAGCAAGCACAACGCGAGAGGGAAGAUAGUCAGCACGGUGGUGGUGCCAGGUGCUGGUUCCACAAUGACCCAACAGUCGGAAGGCGUAAUUGUUUUGUAUCUAUCACGCCAUUGGAUCCUGCAGAUAGUAAUGAUUCCGCCUGGAGAUCAACAGCCGGAACGCAUGGCGACGAGGACAACAAUCUCUCCAAUGAGCUUCCUAGUCACCUGAGGUCCCCUUACAAAUAUUACAACUCAUAUUGGACACCCUCAUCGCGUCCCUCGCAGUCCUACCCCACAUUCCCACGAUACCCCUCGCCCAACACAACUUCGGCUCCGAGCUCUACUGGUUCUCCAAGCCCCCAGCCCUCCGCACCAGUUAACUUCGGAGCCAUCAGACGCCUCAUGCGACCUUAUCUUUCUCCGCUCCAAUGUCAACCCGGCUCCACAAUAUAUCCCCCGCGAUCUUUUACUUCUCCUCUCCUAUAUCCACCCCGUUCCACAUAUCCAUUAACAUGGCCCAGCGUCAGCUUUUCCCGACCCGCACUCGAGCAAUCCUUCCUCAGGAACGUAACCAGAAACAUGGAUCUCAUCCCCAGCGCCCCCGCCUCCACCGGCCCUCUCAUACCAUUCGAAGGUCCCAGCAUACUCCCCGAAUCGUGGAAAAUCAAGCGACAACCAGCUGCCGACCCCCCUAUUUGCGCGAACUCUUGGCCAAUAUGGUCUUGGAACACCCCCGAUACGCGCAACUGGAUCUACCAAAACCUCGUCACCCAAUGCGGCUUCCAGAAGUCCUACGCUCACAAGAUCGUCAUGGGAUGGGUGGGUGGUGCGGAUACUGUCCGACACAUGACCUUGUUCGAUUGGCAGGUACUUACCACCUCCUAUGAAGCUGGAUGGUAUAUGUUUAAGUUAAUGCGGCGUUGGUAA